AUGACAAAAAACUUGAUUGAAGGUUACAUGAAGUUAGUAAAUGAGUACUGGAAUGAGACAAUUCAGACAGACGACAAAGAAUGGCAAGUAGUAAGGCCAGAUGAUGUACCGAUGCAAAAUGUGAAUCCGGGAAAAACGUGGGAGAAUUGUGGUGUUCAUGUUAUAAUGUGGGGGCACUGCAUUGUAACAAGUUCAUACUGUCCCUUCGAAGAAAAAGACAUGACAACUGCAAGAAAAGGAAUAGCGAGAUUACUCUGUGACAAGUCUUGGUUUACUUCUCUUGAACCAAGGUCUAGCCAAUGUCUAUAUAACAAGUCUUGGUUUGCCAAUCUUGAACCAAGACCCAGCCUAUAUUCAAGUGACAAGUCUUGGUUUGCAACUCCUAGAUCAAGAUUUAGCCAGUGUCUAUGUUAUAAAUCUUGGUUUGCCAGUGUUGAAUCAAGACCCAGCCAAUAUCCAAUUAACAAGUCUUGGUUGAUCAGUCUUGAUCCAAGAUCUAGCCAAUAUUCAACUGACAAAAUGACCAAGGCAAAAGGACCGAGCCUUGGGCCAAGACUGGACAACCAUGCCUUGGCCGGCCCAAUGAUUACCCGAGCUUGGGCCAGAACUGGGUCCCCUCAGCCACGACCAUUCACUAGUGACCUCGACUUGGGCCAGGACUGGGCAACUUAG